GCGCUUGAGAGGUCGCCAUUGGAGCUCGCGCGCCGGGGUACAGCAGCGGAGCGAUGAAGAUCUGGAGCUCGGAGCACGUGUUCGGACACCCAUGGGAUACAGUUAUCAAAGCUGCUAUGAGAAAAUACCCCAAUCCCAUGAAUCCAUGUGUGGUAGGAGUAGAUGUGAUCGACAGAAGCCUUGAUAACCAGGGAAGGUUACAUAGUCACCGACUUCUCAGCACAGAGUGGGGACUACCAAGUAUUGUAAAAGCGAUUUUGGGAACAAGUAGGACUUUGACAUAUAUUAAAGAACAUUCGGUGGUAGAUCCAGUAGAAAAGAAAAUGGAACUCUGCUCCACCAAUAUUACUCUCACAAAUUUGGUGUCAGUUGAUGAGAGAUUGGUCUACACGCCUCAUCCUGAAAACCCAGAAAAGACUGUGCUAACUCAAGAAGCAAUUAUUACUGUAAAAGGUGUUAGCCUGAGUAGUUAUUUGGAAAGUUUAAUGGCCAACACAAUAUCCUCCAAUGCUAGAAAGGGUCGAGACGCCCUGGAAUGGGUGAUCGGCAAACUAAACACAGAGUUUGAGGAGUUAACAUCAUCGACACGAGAGAGCAUGAAAUCUGGAAUGGCAGCGGCAUCAGCAGCAGAGAAUUGAGGCCGCAGAACACUGAGGAACUGUGACAGAACAACUUUAAACCAUGAACUUUAUUUCCUUAGAUUUCUUCUCUAUGGCUGAUAAUGCCAGUCUUUUAUAUGUUCAUAGGAAUGUCAGAACUCGAGAAAAAUAUUUUUCUAGCUCUCUCUCUAGCCUCCAUAUCAACUUAUUUGACCAGUGAAGACUAACAUGAGCUCUUAUGCUUUCCUUUAUUUUUAUUUAAAAAACCCCAUGUGCUGUAGCCAAUUGAAACAAAAUCUUUCUGGCAAUUCUUAAAAAUGCCAAAAUGUGCCUUUUCAUAAAGGCGGUAACUAGUAGGUUUCUUCUACAUUAUACCAUCUGUUUUUUGUGCUCACUUUUUUUU